AUGCCACCUAAACGAGAAAGAACACCAUCAUCAUCCGAAAGGGAAAGAGAUCUCAAGCCAUUCGUCGAAGAACAAAAUGGAAAUGAAAAGAAGAAGAAACUCGCCAAUUCACCAAGUAGAACCAAAACAUCUUGGACAUCGUCCGAAGAGCUGAAAUUCCGAGAAGGUAUCAACGCAAUUGUCAAAAAACAUCUUUGGAAUGAAUUGAAAUCUGAUCCUGAAAUGGCCAAGAGAGGUGCCAAUGGGGUAGCACAACAUUGGAUCGCUAUGAAUUGUUAUUUGAGAUAUAUACAAUUCUGA